AUGUCGCCAGUGCCAGGCGCAGCAGCGGCCAUCCUCCUCGCCUGGAGAGCGGAUAACAAGAACGGGAAAUCUUCAAGGAGAAGGGUGAUCCAGAUUGCUGCCGCGGGAGCACUGGGCGUGGCAGCAUUCACAUUCUCGGAUGAGAUCAAGCAUGCAUACGCAGCUGCGGCGAGGACGGGGAGAGUAGUCAGCACGCUGGCAGUGUGUAUCAACGACUACCGAACCACUCUGAACAAGAAGUGUUCCUCCCCCGAGGAAGAAGCCGAGCUUCUGCGUGCAUGUCACAAACGCUGCGCGGAGCGCACCCUACGAGUCCUCGAGAAGAACGGCUCCAUCUUCAUCAAGCUAGGCCAGCACCUGAGCAGUCUGGGCUAUCUGCUCCCCCUGGAAUGGACGACUACAUUUAUUCCGCUGCAGGACAAGUGUCCGGUGUCGUCCAUCGAAUCGAUCGAGGAGAUGUUCGUCGCGGACACUGGCAAGCGCAUCGAUGAGCUCUUCUCGUCUUUUGAACCUACCCCCAUUGGGGCGGCAUCCCUGGCGCAAGUGCACGUGGCGACGCUGAAGGAAACAGGCCAGAAGGUUGCGGUGAAGGUGCAGCACCCGGCCCUGGCCGAAUGGGUGCCGCUGGACCUGGCACUGACCCGGAUGACCUUCUCUGCGCUCAAGCGGUUCUUCCCGGAGUACGAUCUCGAGUGGCUGUCCCGGGAGAUGGAUCUGUCGCUGCCGCAGGAGCUGGAUUUCCGAAGGGAGGCGGAAAAUGCGAAGCGAACCAAGGAGUAUUUCAGGGAGCAUUCUAGUGCGCCGUUGGUGAUCCCGAAUGUCAUGUGGGCCAAGGAACGGAUUCUGGUGAUGGAAUUCAUCACUGGACACCGUCCCGAUGAUCUCGAGUUCCUCGAUUCCAACGGGAUUGACCGGGACGAAGUGUCAGCAGCCCUGGCGCACAUAUUCAACGAGAUGAUUUUCGGCAAGGAUGCCCCGUUGCACUGCGAUCCGCACGGCGGCAACAUCGCCAUCCGGAAAAACACCACGCGGCGCAAACCCAACUUUGAUAUCAUCCUGUACGACCACGGUCUGUACCGUGACAUUCCUCAGGACCUGCGUCGGAACUACGCCAAGCUCUGGCUCGCGGUGAUUGAGGCGGACGAGGAACGGAUGCGCGAGUAUGCGUACAAGGUGGCUGGCGUGACGGACGAGCAUUUCCCGCUCUUCGCCAGCGCCAUCACGGGACGAGACUACACCGUCGUGAAGAAGAAGGCGGUCGUCUCGCAGCGGACGAAGGAGGAAAAGGAAGACAUUACGGGGGCCCUGGGAGAUGGGAUGCUUCAACAGCUGGUCGAACUGCUGGGCAAGGUGCCGCGCAUUAUCCUUCUGAUUCUGAAGACGAACGAUCUAAGGCCCAGUCCGGACAUUCCUGAUCCUGGCGCGGUACGCGACCCGCACCGUAUUCGAAGAGCAGAUGGAGCUGGUCUCGCAGCACGGCAGCAUCUUCCGACCGAGCAACCUCUUCCGGAUCCUAUCUGCGUUUGCGGCGUACCUCCGUGUGGAAGUGAAGCUGCUGGCAGUAUUUUAUUUCAUUCUUUACUCCGUACUCCGGAGAGAGCUCCCGAAGGUCAGACAGGAUCGGAAUUUCUUUCUUGCUUUGGUAUCAAUAUACCUACAUCCCAACAACAGACAGACAAGACAAGACAAGAAGAGUUUCUUUCUUUUCUUUUUUUCUUCUCUUUAUUUUAUUUCAUCAUGUCCUUCCCAUCCUCGACUUCUUCCUUUUCUUCCUUAUGGAAGACCAGAACCAUGACGACUGUGAUGACGACGACUGUGAUACCCCGAACACAGCAGCAGUCACGGUUAUAUUCCAGAAAACGUCAGCUGUGGCAGCAGCAGCAGCAGCAACAGCAGCAACGUCAGGAACCGCCAAAGACAUUGGGGAGACAUCCCAGGUCCAUCACCGCCCCCCUAGCAGCAUUCACCAUGGCCCUCCUCCUGGGUUCAUACUGCAUCAGCUCCAUCCGCGCGGCGCGCAGGGAGGCGCGAUAUAACCCUGCAGAUGCAACAACUACUGCUGCAGGAGCUGUUGCUGCUGCGUCCAGUUCCGGCUCGAGAAUGACGUCCGCGUCGUGGGUGGCUAGGGCGUUGGAGGAGGAGAGGGAGGGAGAGGGAAGAGAAGAGAGAGGGGGAAAGAGUGGGAGUGAUAAUACUAAUGGAU